UCCGAUUUGAAAUCAGUUGGUUCGUUUGCACGUGUUUGGAGAUCGGCUUAAAAGAAGAUAUUUAAGUAUAAUUAACAGCUAAUAAGUGUUUAUUUGCACCAUGGAAGAAGACGUUGGCGUUAAAGGAACAGUAACAAGACUGAGGCGCCGGCUAUCUGUGGAACAAUCUGAAGAUGGUGGGUCCCCAGCACCCUCUACACCAACCAAGAAGCGUGGGGGGAGACUGGCAGCCAAACCACAACUGGAUCUCAUUGAUGAAAAUGCCCAAGUGAGCAGUCCCAGAAAGACCAGAAGGAAGUCCCUAGCCACAGAGGCGGAAGAGAAGCCGGUCACACCAUCGAGAAGGAGCACCAGGAUUAAGUCCAACAGCAGCAUUGUGUCAGAAACUCUGUCUGUUACCGCAACAGACUCUCCUCGGGCCAAGAGAGCUGCCCGGAGGAACUCACAAGCUGGCAGUGAUAAUGAUGGCCCGGCAACUCCCGCCAGGCAGACUAGGAGAACUAGAAAAGAUUCAGCUUCAAGUGUUGAGAACCUGGAGACCAGCACCCUGAUCAAACCGCUUCCAGUAGCAGAGAUGGUAAUUGAAGAAGAACCAGAAAAUGAAGUUCAGAAAACAAUUAACAAAUCUAAGUCAUCACCUUCUGCUGCUGACACUGCGGAACAGUCCCCCAACAGUGCAAGAAAAAGUAAGCGACUUUUAGAAAAAAGAACUAGAAGCAGUGGUUCCUACAAAUCGGACCAGGAUUCAAGUACUGUAGAAAGUAAAAACUUAAAUGUAUCUACUGGAAAGGCCCAAGAUAGUCCAUUAAAUACAUUGGUUAAAUCAAAAAAAUCUAAUGAUGAGCAUUCUGAGUCCAGCAUAGAAUUGUUGAAAAAGAAUGAGACAGCUGAUUCAAAAAUAAAUAAAUCAAACCACAAUACAAGCACAUCAGAUUUUGAGACUUCUGUAAAUGAUAAGAGUAAAAGAAAUAGAACAGAAUCGUGGCCAGUGGUUACAUCUGUCGAAAAUGACUAUAUUACUUUUAGUGACAAUGAACUACCUAAGAAAAAGAAAGGAAGAUCAAGUAGAAAUGCUUCCGGAUUGGAUGUGACCGAUAGCCCUAAGAUUGACAAAUCCAAUACAUCCAUAAAUGAAAAUACUUCACACUCAUUUUUAGACACAUCUUCAAAAAGGAAGAAAAAGAAAGCUGACACUGCCAUUGAAAAUAAUUCAAAACCCUCCGAAGUGUUGACGCCGAAAAACGAUAGUAAAAAAGAUAUUGCAAGUGAGAAAUCUGACAACGGUGACGUAAACCGUGAUAUGGCAAAGUUAUUUGAAAAUACCCCUACCAAUGUGCAGGCCACAGUGUAUUUCGAGGACUCAGACUCAAAUAGUGUUGGCGCGCCAACUUUCAGCAAAACUGAACAUUUAGAUAGUGAAGAUCAAUGUGUCCCGGAAGUAAAACACGAUUUUCAAGACAAAAUGUCGCCGAAAAAACUUAGUGCAAACGACAAUAUAACUGUAUCAAACCAAGUUAGUGUAGAUAAUGUUCCUAACACUGAAAUAAGUAUUCCAAAAAUAAUUAGUGAUGAUAUUAACAACAGUUGUGAGCCAAUGGAUAUUGAUGAAACCAUCCAUGAAGACAUUUUACAAAAAUCGCUAGAAACAACUCAGCAGUCCAAUAAAUCGUUGAAAUUGUCACAACAUAGUAUUAUAGAAGAAACUAAUAGCUCUAAGAGAAAAUCAUCAAUUUCAAACACAUCUAAUUUGUCGAAAAAUGAUAAGAGAAAAUCAUCUAUUUCUAAUUCUGGUACAAACACUCCAGAUAUCACGAAAAAUGAAAAGAGAAAAUCUUCAAUUUCUAACUCUGGUACAAACACCCCAGAUCUCUCGAAAAAUGACAAAAGGAAAUCUUCAGUGACAGAAUCUAAUUUAGACAAUUCAGCAAAUCAUGCUAAAAAUGACAAGAGAAAAUCUUCCAUUUCAAGCUCUGGGGCUGAUACUCCAGAUAAUACCAAAAAUGAUAAAAGAAAGUCAUCAAUUUCAAAUAGUACUGCAGACACUCCAGAGUUAUUUAAAAAUAAUACUAACAACAAAAGCACUUUGAUAUUAUCUCAAAUAAAAGACGUUUCUUCUACCUCGGACAACUUGAAGUCACCUAAACUAGCAACAAAUGAAGUAUUAUCCAAAUCGGAUAUUGAGAAAAGUGACAAAAAUAAAAAAAUAUCUAAAGGUAACCUUUCUUUGAAUGAUGUCAAAGGAACACCAAAACAAACCUCUAUUCAAAAGCUGAAAAUGCAGACUAGUACUCCUAUUACUACCCAAGAGCUCGGUGUUAAAACAAAAACAGAAGAAAAAAAGCAAGAAGGCAUGAAGAAAAAUAAAUCUAACUUUUCUAAAUCAAUUAAUGAAUCUGAUUCAGACGUGUCAGAAGAAGACAGUGAUGAUAAUGAUUCUGACGAACAUUCAGUUGAAAAGAAUAAAUACCUCGACGAUGAAGCUGAAGAAGCGAGUGAUGACUAUGAAUCAGGGGACAGUCAAGAUGAAGAGGAAAGAAGAUAUGAAGAAGCAAAUGAAAUUGUAGAACAUGGUGAAACUCUAACAUCCAAUGACGAGAUGUCUGAUGACACUGAUUAUGAAAAAGAUUCGUUUGUUGUGAGUUCAGAUGAAGAUGAUAAUGAAUUGCUUUCUGGCUCAGGAGAUGACCUUUCGAUGAGCGAUAAUGAACUGACAAUGAGCAAGAAAAGUAAAAAGAAGUUUAACGAACGUAAAUUAAAAGAACAAAAGAAUGCAUCUAGGGAAAUGUUUGAAUCACGCCACAAACUAAAUUCUUCAGAGCCAAAAUCGCCGACUCCUCAAAAGAAAAAUCGAAUGAGAAUAGACUCGUCUUUAUUAGCUUCAGAUGAGGAAGUAGUUGUUAAUCCUAAGAAAUCAAAUCGCAUGCGCUUGGACUCUACUCUCAACGAAAGUGCCAAACUGGAUGACGUGUCUCUGAACAAAAGCAAUAAUAAUAAAUCUAAGCAAGGCUCUGCCCUAGACACCAGUAAUAGACAAGAAGAUACGAAUACAUUGCAGAAAAAGGACAAGUCUAUUUGUAACAAGAGUGCUACUGAUGAAAAUGAAAUAACAGUUUGCAAUGACAGCAACGUAGCCGACGCGGAUCCUUUGCAAGUGCUUGUAAAACAAGAGCCAAAGACACCACAAAAAGAUUUGAACAUCUCUGUUGUUCAAUUCACUGCCCGGGAAGAAAUCGAAAAUGUACAAUUAACAGAAGGCAAUUCUGUUAUGAACCAAUCUGGUACAGACCCGUUACAAGCCACAAUGGCCUGUGAAGAUUCGGAUAGUAGCGAAAGUGAAGAAAUCUUGCAGAAUUAUGACUCUGUACUUAAAAAACUAAACAAAGGCAAUAAGACUAAAACUAGCAAUAAAAAUGUAUCUUUGAACAGUGGCAAUACAACUAAAAGGAAUCAAGUGGAGCCAAUUUUCGAUCAAUUAAACAUAACCCAGACUAAAACAUCAAAGAAAAAUAAGGCUAAUAUGGAAAAUAUGUCAGACUCAAAACCAUCGAAAAUUUCAAAGGUAGAACAAGAUAAUGAAGACUCUUCAGAUUCAAUUGACCUUCAGCUACUAUUCUCUGAAGACAACUGUGGCAGUGACGAUGAACAGAAGUCUCAGCAAAACAAAGCAGACGACGACAGUUUGUUUAUCCCACUUAAAAAAUCUCCUGGCAAAACAAAUAUUCGGGAUAGUAUUGUUAUGAAUGCGUCGCAGCAAAAUACUACUCUGAACGAAAGUACCAAAAAGAAUAGAAAAUCUUCUGUGGGACCAACAGAUACAAUUGAUGGGCAAGAUAUUUUGAAUGUAUCUAAGAAUAUCUCCCUGAAUGAAAGUGGCACAAAGAAGAAAAAGAAACAUUCCAUUUCAGAAUCAGCUGAAGAGGGGACCAAAGAUACAUUGAAUGUCUCUAAAAAUAUUAACGUUUCUAUGAAUGAAAGUGGAAUAAAGAAGAAAAAGAAACAUUCAAUGUCAGAACCCGCUGAAGAAGAGACGAAAGAUACAUUGAAUGUCUCCAAAAAUGUUAAUGUUUCUAUGAAUGAAAGUGGAAUUAAGAAGAAAAAGAAACAUUCAAUCUCAGAACCCGCUGAAGGUGAGACUAAAGAUACAUUGAAUGUCUCGAAAAAUGUUAACGUUUCUAUGAAUGAAAGUGGAAUUAAGAAGAAAAAGAAACAUUCAAUCUCAGAACCCACUGAAGGUGAGACUAAAGAUACAUUGAAUGUCUCGAAAAAUGUUAACGUUUCUAUGAAUGAAAGUGGAAUAAAGAAGAAAAAAAAACAUUCAAUUUCUGAACCCGCUGAAGAUGAGACUACAGAUACAUUGAAUGUCUCCAAAAAUGCUAACGUUUCUAUGAAUGAAAGUGGAAUAAAGAAGAAAAAGAAACAUUCUAUAUCAGAAGCCCCUGAAGAGGAGGUUAAAGAUAUCUUGAACGUCUCGAAAAAUGUUAACGUUUCAUUGAAUGAAAGUGGAAUGAAGAAGAAAAAGAAACAUUCUAUAUCAGAACCCGCUGAAGAAGAAACUCAAGAUACUUUGAACAUCUCUAAAAAUGUUAACACAUCUAUCAGCGAAAGUGGAAAGAAGAAGAAAAAGAAACAUUCUAUGUCAGAACCUACUGAAGAGGAAUCUCAAGUAGUUCCUGAAACUGAAUAUAAUGAUGACAAAACAAAUAAAAAGAAGAAACGCAAGUCCUCCCUAGCUGCUGAACCUGAAAGUAGUGACCUCUUCUUCAUAGAUACGACUGGAACCUUAUUGGAUAAUAAAGAAAACACUGCAGAAUCAAAUCCGCCCAUAACGCCCAAAAGCGAAAAGAAGAAAAAGAAACAAAAGUUAGAAGCAUUAGUUCCCGACGACGAUUCAGAUGGAGCCCCAGAAGAAACCCCGUAUCAAAGUGAAAAGGCGUCCGAAAUAGACUUGCAAACUAUAGAAAAUGUUAGUGAAGAAGGUAGUGCCAAGAAAAAACAUAAAAAGAAGAAGAAAAAGAAAUCGGCGCCCGCUUCUGAUGAAUUAGGUGAAAACUUUGCUGCUUCUGACUCUAAGAAACGCAAGCGGAAAUUGUCUAAUGCGGAAAAUUCUCAAGAAUCUAGAGAUGUUCAAGAGAGCGUGGAACAGCAUAAUCAAUUGGCCGGCAGCAAGAAAAAACGCAAAAUCUCGCAUAAUGACGAUAACAACACGUCAGGCUCGAGUGAAUCGAAAAAUGCUAAGAAAAAGAAAAAGAAACAUCUUGAUGUUGAUUUCCAAGAUACGGCAUUUACAUCAGAAACGACUGAAACACAAGGUAAGAAAAACAAGAAGAGAAAACAUAGAGAUGAUGACGGCGAUAACAAACAGACAAAGGUUAAAAAGGACAGUUCGUUCCAAGAAGUUCACGUACCGCGUCUUCCAGAUCAUAUCCUUCAACAACUAGAUGACAAGUCCAGAAAGAACGAACCAUCUAAAGUUAUAGCUACAUCAAAUUUCAUUGUCGAAAAUGCCAGACAGAAAAGAGCAAAACCUUCAAACUAUUUAGAAGAAAGUAUUUACCUCGAUGAAAAAUCCCCACUAAGUAAAAAACAAAAGCAACGCAUCAAAAAACCUAAAGUGUUACCAUUUAUACCCACUGCUUCGAUAUCAGACAGCGGAUAUACAACAAAUUUCAAAAUUAACAAGGUGUCACAAAUUGCAAGAUUUGAAGCAGAACCGGUCGUGUUUUCCAAAGAAACUUAUUUGCAAAAGAAAAAUAUUAAAAAAUUAGGAACUUAUGAUCGGUACAAAAAGCAAAUGCAUCAAAAAAUGUCUAAAUUUUAAUGACAUAAGUGCCAACUGUGUCAACACACGGUGCAGCAAGGGUCAUAUUACAGCCAUACAGCGGACGCUGGCGUCACAGUGUCUGCAAAAGUCGCAUCAUGUUAUUUUCUAUUUAACGUUAGGUCAGAAUCGAAAUGAUUGAUAUUACGGAAUUAUAAGUUAUUUGCACUCUGUACUAUAACAACCUUGUCUUUCAUCAGUUUGUUAAUAUCAUGUUCCAUUGUUGACAAUU